AUGGAGCACGAACGUCAAGCCGUGAAUUGCGUGGUCUCAGAACGCGCGCUGAGGGAGAUUUACCUUGCACCUUUUGCGAUUGCGAUCCGUGACGCUCGGCCUUGGGCGCUAAUGUCCUCUUAUAACAAGAUCAAUGGACUACAUGUAAGCGAGAGCAAAAGAUUGCUCACAGAUGUGGUGAGAGGGGAAUGGGGAUUUGACGGCUUCAUCAUGAGCGACUGGUUCGGUGUAUACUCAGCCGCGGAGUCGGUGCAAGCCGGGUUGGACUGCGAAAUGCCUGGUCCGCCGAGGUUGCGUGGACCCAACAUCACAGUCUCGCUUGGAAGUCGCAAAGUCACAGAGUAUGACGUCGAUGACCGAGUGCGAAACUUGCUCAAGCUUGUGAAGAGAGUCGAGCGGCUGGGAAUACCUCAAGAUGCAGAAGAGAAAGAGCUCAAUGCGCCUGAAACCCCAGGUUUUGCUCGCAAGCUUGCAUCAUCCGGAAUCGUCUUGAUGAAAAACGAACGCCAAGUUUUGCCACUAGAUCGCAGUAAAUCUAUUGCCGUCAUGGGUCCAAACGCUAAGUUUGCUGCAUACUCCGGGGGUGGCUCUGCAAACUUGAAGCCGUACUACGCAGUCGCACCAUUCGAAGGCAUAUCGUCGGCUGCUAAAGACGUCAAGUACACCCUAGGUGCGCAUGCGUACAAACAACUUCCACUGCUAUCUAAUUUGACGAAAACGAACGACGGACGAAAAGGCUUGACAGCAAGAUUUUACAACGAGCCUCCGGAAGUCAAAGAGCGAGCACAGAAGGAUGUGAUCUUUGUCGACGCCUCUGACAUGUUCCUGGCUGAUUAUGUGCACCCAGAUGUCAGCCCUGAACUCUUCUACAUCGACCUUGAGGGUACAAUUACACCUGAAGUCUCCGGUGAAUAUCUCUUUGGAUGUUCGGUGCGUGGUACUGCCCGUAUCUUUGUUGACGGAGAGCUCAUUGUGGACAAUGCUACAAAGCAGACGCUUGGUGGAACAUUCAUGGGAGCUGGUACACGUGAAGAAAGGGCUUCAAUACACUUGGAGCAGGGUAAGACAUACACGGUCCUGUUGCAGUUUGGCUCCGGCCUGACGCAAACCGUGAGGAAGAAGGGUGCGACAGCCAUGCGAGGCGGCGGGGUACGAGUUGGCGCUACGCUGAAAACAAAUGCGGAAGAAGAGAUAGAUAAGGCGGUGCAGCUGGCCAAGGAAGUUGACCAAGUCGUUAUUUGUGUAGGCCUCAGUGGCGACUGGGAGUCUGAAGGAUUUGACCGACCGGACAUGGAUUUGCCAGGCCAUACCAAUGCUCUAGUAUCCGCUGUUACGAAGGCUAACUCAAAUACCGUUGUCGUAAACCAGUCUGGGACACCAGUGUCUAUGCCUUGGAUACAGGAGGUUCCGGCACUGGUUCAAGCUUGGUUCGGUGGCAUCGAGACCGGCAACGCGAUUGCAGACAUCCUUUUUGGCGAUAUCAACCCUAGCGGCAAGCUACCGCUAAGCUUUCCGAUCCGCAAUGAGGACAACCCUGCUUUUCUUAAUCAAAGGAGUGAGAGAGGAAGGAUGUUGUACGGCGAAGACAUCUACGUCGGAUACCGCUUCUACGAAAAGACAAAGAGGGAUGUCUUAUUCGCCUUUGGACACGGCCUAUCCUACACAAGCUUCUCGCUAGAGAACUUGCAGGUGGAUGCGAAAGACGACACGAUCAGUGUUACCCUGGACCUAAAUAACACUGGGGAACGAGACGGGGCAGAAGUGGUGCAGGUAUAUGUCAGCCAGCGAAUGUCUACCGUGACCAGACCAGAAAAGGAACUCAAAGGCUUCAGAAAGGUUUUCCUGAGGAAGCGCGAAAAAGUGAAGAUCAACAUAGAUCUGAAUAAGAAGCUCGCAACAAGUUAUUGGGACGAGGAAAGAGACCAGUGGUUAUCAGAAGAAGGAACAUACGACAUUGUCGUAGGAACAAGUAGCGACAAAGUCGUUGCGGGCAGCUCUUUCCUGAUCGGGAAGUCAACGUGGUGGAAAGGGCUUCACUAA